CUCUCGACGUCGGAAAAAUGCUGUCGUCCUCAUUACGCCGGGCUGCAUGGGCUCCUAUUGUGCCCAUCUCCGGCAUAUCUCGUUCGUCUAGUCAAGGUCUUAAUGCCUCUUCCAACGGCCUCAUCGGCGCAACACAGCAGGUGCGUCAACGCCGAUACUCCUCUUCUUCUUCGAAACCCAGCGAUGGCUCCCGAAAGGUCGACGCUUCUUCCCAGACUCCCGCGAAAGGUGUAAACUCGGCGGAGAAGCGUGAGGGAAAGGCUUCCAAGCGGAGGGGGAAGGAGAACAACGGCCGCAACGGUUCUAAGUCAAACCAGCAUACAGCAUUCUCGAGAUUGCCGAGCGUUCCUUCGACUCAGCAUCUCCAGCCCCAUGAUGUCCACAUUGCGUCGUUCUUUUCCAUCCACCGGCCCAUCUCCGUCUCUACCACCGUCCCUCCCACCUCGUCUUCCGAAGCCUUCGAUGCCAUAUUCACCGCGAAGAGAUCGUCGAAACACGAAGCGGACGAUGUCAUGUUCACUUUGUCCUCGACCGUCGACUCCAUGGAGAACGCGGCCCUCCACGCCGAGCACGAAGGACCCGUGAGCAGCUUCGAAAUGGACGGCGGUCACCCGGAUGGAAUGAACAUGGCCGACGUGAAGAUCUCCAUCGAGGAGCACACGAAACGCCUCCGUCCCUUCCACCCGCCCCCGCCCCCGGUGCCCUUUGACGAGUCGGCCAAGGACAUCGCCGUCACCGAGUCGGAAGGCCUGAUGUCCUCCCGCGAGACGUCCAGCUACUCGACCGUCCUGACCAUCCACGAGUCCACGCACGCCGACGGCCGGAAGACCUACGAGGCUCACACCGGCCCGUUCGUCCGCAACUCCGACGAGAUGGAUGCCCCCGGCGCCACGGACAACGACGCCAUCAUCGACGUCCCCGCCAACAACUCCGAGACCACGUACAUCGAGCGUGUCCGGAGCAACCGAACAAUGCACGCCCUCAGCACCAAGAGACGUCGUCGGUUGAAGAUGAAGAAGCACAAGUUCAAGAAGCUGUUGCGAAGGACAAGAACGCUGCGACGGAAGCUCGAGAAGGCCUAAUCGGAACGCUCGUUCCAUCCACAUUUUGCCUUUUUUAUCUCUUGCUCGCCAAUCUCAUCUGUCCAUAUAUUUUUUCUUACCCCCUUACUCUAGCCUGCUUUUAAUCAAUCAUGGAGGGGGGAGGGAGCGUCCGUCUUUUUUCCCAUUUCACUGUGUUUGUUUGAUCGGGUAGACGAGGAACCAACCUCAUGUAUGUGUUUCUUGAUCGGGUUCUUCAUGUUCAUCGUUGUGGUUCCUCUUCUUUUUCUCGUUUGGUGAUCCCUCAU